AGAACUGGGGGGACGAGGAGGAGGGGGUGCUAAAAUGUUAUGCACCUGAGCGGGUGGUUCCACGACUGUGAAAGUUCGCCCAAACUCAUGGAAGUGUGCACGAAAAGGGUGAAUUUCACUUUAUGUAAAUUACACCUCAAUAAAUUUGACUUAAAAAAAAAAUCUUGCUAAAGAAUAUUAAACAGCCCCGGGGAAAUGCAAAUGGCAGGUUAAAUGAGGCGAGCAGUUUGCAGAGCCCCGCGCAGCGUGACCGGAAGGCGGCGGGCGCGGGCGGGUGUGCACCUCCGGGGGAGCCAGGACCGGACCGGAAGGGAAAGCUCCAGAGCGCGUCGGUGUCUCUCUCUGGAAGUGAAACGAAAUGCCGUUUUGCUCCUGGCGUCCUGUUUGAUGUGUGCAGCACACAAUUUCGCAGCUCGGAACCGCGGGGCCCCGUUGCUGCGGCUUUCAGGCGCUUUCGAGCGCGCGUUCCUCCGUGGCAGAUCCAUCCUGCAAGGGCGAACGCGCCCCGGGGAGACCCGGUGCGGGGUGGGCGGAAGACAGCGACGGGGACCUGGGCGUGGGGGCGGGGAGUGGGGCGACGCCCGCGCCUGCUCGGGCCCCACAGCUGGCAGGGGAAGUGCUGCACGCCAGGUUUCCCUUCCUGAGCCGAGUGGGACCCGGACCGGCCUCAACAUGAGCGCCCUGCCCCUGGCGGCUGUGACCCUGGUACUUGGUUCCCUGGGCUUCACCGGGUCAGAAAUUGCAGCCUCAUCCACAGCAGCCAAGAUGAUCUCUCCAGGGGCCAUGGCCAAUGGGGGUGGAGAGUGCUUGGGCGGCCUGGUGGCUACUCUGCAGUCAGUGGGGUCAGCUGCACUCUCCCUGUCAUCCAAAUUCCUCCUGGGCACUGCUGGGCCCAUUUUUGGAGCCUAGUCGAAGGGUUUAAAAAAGUGAAAACAGACACCUUCUUCUCCUCCCCCAGCUGGACCUGAUGCUAAAGAGGACCGGCCAAGAGAAAAUGUACCCCAAGUGGAACCUCGAAAACCUGUACUCAAAUCAGAUGAACGUGACGCAUA